GGACAAACUUCAAGCUCCUAAAUACAAAUUUAUUCAAAAUCGCUCCAAUCAGAUUCAAAUUGAACAGGAUUCACUUGCUUACCCAUAACAUCCCAAUCAGAAAUCAGCUGUUGCGCCAGCCAAAGCGCUGGUCACACAUCCACCUUGCUAGAUACCGAUAACGCCUAGGAGUAUCGACGUGCUCUUGGUGCCGAUUGUCUAAUAUAAAUAAAGCCAGCUGAUAUCGAAGUUCAGCAGCCCGAUAGGUUCAAGCAAAUAUCGAUGACAGUCUUUAUUUAUAUAUUUCCUAAUCAAUAUACCUGAUAUCAACAACUGAUGCACAAAACACACCGUCUCACCACCGACAGCCAAUAUAUGGAGGUCGAAGGCUUGCUGCAGGCCAUGGACAUGCCCACCAGCCACGACCCGGAGGCGGAACUGGAACCGGAGUCCACGUCGCUGUGCCGCCUGAGCCGCUACAACGUGACCAACCUGUACGAUGGGCCGGCGGGAGGGGGGUCCACUUUGGCCUCGGGCCGCCAGCGUUGCUACACAAUGCCGCAUGUGCCACCUCCAGCGCCGCCCUCCACGCCCACUCUGCUGACAAGCGGGGGCGGCGGCAGCAGCAACUCCGUAUCCGUCUCCAUCUCGCCCACCUGCUCCGCCGGAAGCCAUCCCUUGGAUAGCCAAAGCUUGAGCCAGAGCCCCUUGAACCACUUCAUCUACGUAAAGAAUGGCAAGAACCUGCGUCGCGAAUCGCGCUGCGUCGACUCGGAGCUGUCCAAGUUAUUCAACGUGGUGUCCAUCACAAACCGGCUGACGGCCAUUAAGAACCGCAGCAAUUCCAUUUCGAAUUCCAGUGGAAUACUCAAUGCCUCGCGCACCAUAUCGAAGUUAAACGGGGCGACGGCCACCAAGAUCUUCAAGAUCCAUCGGGAUCCGAAAGAGUUUCUGCGCGAAACGGACGAGGAUUCGGUUUCGGCGCCGGAGUACGACGAGGAGGAGGAGGACACGCGCUUCCGCUUCUUUCGGCGAGCGCGCUUCUCGCGGAGGUACAGUACCGCGCGAUCCGGGCGGAAAUUCGCGCGAAAGUUCGCCCGAUUUGAGCACCAUGAGCGCAUGGAGACCAUCGUGGACAGUUUCGAUGCAGCCAUGAGCUUCAAUGAUGCAGACACCUGAGAGGCAGAGGCCACGACGAGAAGGACGACGACGGCAACAGUUGAGAAUGAGGCAUGGCAGAUGGUCGGCCAACCAAUGUGAUGAAUGUGAAUUUCAACUAAAUUAUUUUAAUUGCUACAAACUACUAUUAUUACGAUUAUUAUUACCGAUUA